GUCAUCGAUGUGAUUAUUUUCCAUAUCACAUUUUCACUAAUUUCAAUUUUGACACGACUUGGACAUAAACCACCCUAGUGUCUAUCUUUUUGAAAUUCUACUUCAGUGGACAACGUCCUUAGAUUUACCUUCUUUUAACAUGCAGAGCACUAUAAAAAAUAGAUUAUUUGUAAAAGAGAGCCCAUCUCGAAAUGAGAGUGUUAGUACUAAAUAUGAUAAAUUAGAGCAGAUUGGGGAAGGUACAUAUGGAGUUGUUUACAAAGCAUUAGAUAGAGAGACAGGGAAAUAUGUUGCUCUUAAGAAAGUUAGAAUGGAAUCGAGUACAGAAGGUGUUCCUUCUACAGCAAUGAGAGAAAUUUCAUUAUUAAAAGAAAUGACACAUGCUAAUGUUGUUAAACUUCAUGAUGUUAUUUUAUCAGAUAAAAAACUAUUUUUAGUUUUUGAAUACAUGGAUUAUGAUCUUAAAAAAGUUUUGGAGUUACGUAAAAAAGAGUAUGGAUUUGGUUUGCCCGAAACUCAAAUUAAAAGUUACUUGUAUCAAAUGUUAAGUGCAUUAUCAUAUUGUCAUAUUCACCGCAUUGUUCAUCGAGAUUUAAAACCACAAAAUCUCUUAGUAAAUAAAAAUGGAGAUAUAAAAUUAGCAGAUUUUGGAUUAGCAAGAGCGUUUUCAUUUCCAUUAAGAAAUUAUACACAUGAAGUUAUUACUUUAUGGUAUAGGGCGCCAGAAAUAUUGUUAGGAGCCAAAAUUUAUACUAUGGCUGUUGAUCUUUGGAGUCUUGGUUGCAUUUUCACUGAAAUGUUUACUUUAAAGCCAUUGUUUCCGGGUGAUUCAGAGAUAGAUCAACUAUUCAGAAUUUUUCGUACUUUGGGUACUCCAACUGAUGAGACUUGGCCAGGUGUACAAAAAUUACAAGAUUUUAAACCCAUGUUUCCCCUUUGGGAAGCACGUGAUAUAACGGAUUUCCUACCAGAGCUUGCAGACAAAAAACAACAAAAUGUCUUUUAUGCAUUAUGCACUUACAAUCCAGCAAAUAGAAUGUCAGCUGAAAAAAUUAUGGAAAUGGAAUAUUUUGACAACCUAAGACAAACAUCUCUUCCAGAAACACCCUAAGAAAUUCAUCAUAAUUUUAAUAUUUUUUUAACAGUGAGUUAUGAAUAUUUGGUUUAUAUUGGAA